GCCAGGAGAGCGGCGCUGUCCCGCCAGUGGGCGGGAUGCUGCCCCGCCAGGGGAAGGGAUGCUGAUCGGCGAGCGGGGAGCGGCGCUUCCCCGCGGGAGGAAGGAGGCGGCGAGCAGAUGUGCUGCGGGGGAAGCGUGCCCCGGAACCCCCUUUUAAUCACGCUACUCCUGAAAAGCAGAGCACGAAAUGCCGUGUAAAGCCCUGCCCGGAGCCCCCGAGCCCGUCCUGCAGAAGUUGGUCUGUUUGCGAUAAAAAGAUGAAAGCCUCGGUCAUGCUUUGCAGCGAAUUUCAUGUAACACGCGAGGGGAACUGAAGCAGAAAGCAAAGCCAAGGCAAAGCAGCAUCUGACCUUGUCACUGGGGGGCAGAAAACAGCCGCUGCUUCCACUGGUGCUUCCAUCAAGCUCCCUGGGCAAUGUGGAAUUGCAGAGAGCUCACAAAGUGCAAGUUCCUUCCAGGUCCGUGGGGUGAAUAAAAAUUGUUAAUUCUUGGCUUGAUUUGUCAUCCUUUGGGGGAAAAAAAAGAGGUAUGUCAGACUGGCCAUUAUACAGUUAGACCAAGCACAACUGGAAGUGGGUUGCUCCAGAGAUGAAAGUGACUGAGGCCAGCAAAGCCAAGGAGAAGCCUGUUCAGCUGCACAUCUCCCCAGGAUUCCUUGGAGAGGUGAUAAAGUGAGUAAUAAGGCAAAGUGGGAGUUAUAAAGUGGAUGCGACAGCUCCAGCAGAACUUCUUCUCACUGCCACAAAGGCUCGUUACAAAGCAACAAACGUUAUUUGGAAAUCUGUUUGGGGAAAAAAAUGCACUUUGAGCAUCUCUGCAGUUCUUGUGUCUGAAGCAUUGAUCAGGAAAAUCGGCAGCACAACGCUGACAAAGGAGACGAGAAUAUGGUGAAGGCAGCCAAGGAAAUUGAAAUGGAGAACCCAAGAGAGGCAGAGACUCCCAGCACAGGGGCCACAUGUUCCCCACCAGAGGAACAAGCAAAAAAACCCUCCAUGCUCUGUUUUAAGAAGCGUAAGAAGUCCUGUAAGAAGGGGCUAACUGUGAAGGAUGCGUGUGAAGGAGCCUCAGAGGAGAAAAGCCAAUGUGUCAGCACUGACCAAGAGGAGGCCAAGGCUUCCAUUCCAUCACGAUCCUCCAAAGGAACCUGGGCAGCCAUCAAAAACCUCGCCAGGCCUCAGAGAAGGCAGAAGUCCUCCUCACGGAAGAAGGUGCCCUCUGAUUCCCAAGUGCAGCUGGAGGUGGAUGCUGAGGAGAGCUGUGCACAGGACCUCCCAAAGAAACGGGCGAGCUCUGGGGUGAAGAUGCCCUGUGUGAGGUUCUCCAGAGGUAAGAAAAAACCCAGCCCCUCAGAAGCAGUGGAGGAAUCAGAGGGCAGUGCUCAAGCAAAUGAAGUGAUGGGUGUUGUGAAUAAGGCUAGUGAAGAGCCAGAGGAUUUGGCCCCGACGGACAAAUCUGAAUCCCUCAGCCCAGUCUCUGCACAGGAGGAGCAGGAUAGGGUGAAGCAGGAGCAGCAUAGAAUGAAGGAGGACCAGGAUACAAGGAAGAAGGACCAGGAUACAAUGAAAGAGGACCAGGAUACGGUGAAAGAGGACAACCAUACAGCAAAGGAAAGUGACACCUCUGUUGGGAAGAGUGAGCCCUUGACAGAGCCCACACGGGAUGCAGAACAGUCGGAGUGCACUGUUCAACUGGAGAUAACCAGUUCAGAGACAUUUGAUGAAACAGCCCAGGACAAACUGCAGGAAGGGAGUCUGCCCCCAAGCACUGAUGAUGUGGAGGGCAGGGCAGUUGCUCCCGAAGUGCCUGUUUCUAAAGAUCAACCUGACAAUGCCCCUGAAAUCACAGAGUGCCAGGAAAUCCCUCAUAUCUGUAAAGAGAUGCCUGAAAGGGAUGAAUUGGAAAAGAGCAUAAAUCUUUCUAAGGAGUGCAAAACUGAGGAGACUGUAACUGAUUUUAGUGAGUUGGCAUCCAGAGGUGAUGCAGCGAGUGUGCAGGAGGCAGCAACAGUGAAGGAUGCUGUGAGUGUGAAGGAUGCAGUGAGUGUGCAGGAUGCCACAAGUGUGAAGGAUGCAGCGAGUGUGCAAGAGGUAGCAAAUGUGCAGGAUUCCACAAGUGUGCAGGAGGCAGCAAGUGUGAAGGAUGCAGUGAGCGUGCAGGAGGCAAGAAGUGUGCAGGAUGAAAGUGUGCAGGAUGCAGAGAGUGUGCAGGAUGCAGAGGGGGUGAAGGAUGCAGCAAAUGUGCCGGAUGCAGCACGCAUGAAGGAUGCAGCAAGUGUGCAGGAUGCCAUGAGUGUGCAGGAUGCAGUGAGUGUGCAGGAUGCAGAGGGGGUGAAGGACGCAGCAGAUGUGCAGGAUGCAGCACGCAUGAAGGAUGCAGCGAGUGUGCAGGAUGCCAUGAGUGUGCAGGAGGCAGCAAGUGUGCAGGAUGUCACAAGUGUGCAGGAUGUCACAAGUGUGCAGGAUGCAGAGAGUGCACAGGAUGUCACAAGUGCGCAGGAUGCAAAAAGUGUGCAGGAUGCAGAGAGUGCACAGGAUGUCUCAAGUGCGCAGGAUGCAAAAAGUGUGCAGGAUGCAGAGAGUGCACAGGAGGCAGCAAGUGUGCAGGAAGCAGUGAGUGUGCAGGAUGCAGAGAGGGUGAAGGAUGCAGUAAGUGUGCAGGAUGCAGCAAGUGUGCAGGAGGCAGCAAGUGUGCAGGAGGCAGCAAGUGUGCAGGAUGCAGAGAGUGCACAGGAGGCAGCAAGUGUGCAGGAGGCAGCAAGUGUGCAGGAUGCAGAGAGUGCACAGGAGGCAGCAAGUGUGCAGGAGGCAGCAAGUGUGCAGGAAGCAGUGAGUGUGCAGGAUGCAGAGAGGGUGAAGGAUGCAGCAAGUGUGCAGGAGGCAGCGAGUGUGCAGGAUGCAGCAAGUGUGCAGGAUGCAGAGAGUGCACAGGAGGCAGCAAGUGUGCAGGAUGCAGUGAGUGUGCAGGAAGCAGUGAGUGUGAAGGAUGCAGUGAGUGUGCAGGAGGCAGAGAGUGUGCAAGACACAGCAAGCCUGCAGGAUGCCACAAGUGUACAGGAGACAGCGAGUGCCCAGGAUGUAGCAAGCAUCCAGAAUGCAGGAAGCCUGAAGGAUGCAGCAGGUGUGCAGGAAGCAGUGAGUGUGGAAGAUGCAGCAGGUGUGCAGGAAGCAGCGAGUGUGGAAGAUGCAGCAAGUGUGCAGGAGGCAGCGAGUGUGGAGGAUGCAGCAGGUGUGCAAGAGGCAGCAAGUGUGCAGGAAUGCUCCAGCCAUCAGAUACUAGAAGCAAAUGCAGGCGCUGGUGUCAGCAUCGUAAUCACCAUCACUGAAGCUGAGGACUCUGACAACACCGACUCUGACCAGGCCUAUGAGCCAUCCCCUGUUUUGCACCAAAAAAAGCAAAAAGGGAAUAAAAAAUCAAACAGGAACGCUGAUGUUGGUCAAAAAGAGGGCCCUGAGGCUGGUGGUGGUCCCCAGGCAGAGGAGAAAGGUCUGGGUGACCAGGGGCACAGAACUGGGGAGCAGUACGAGCUGCUCCUCAUAGAAACCGCCUCCUCCCUCGUGAAGGCGGCCAUUCAGUCAUCCAUAGAGCAGCUGGUCAACGAAAUGGCCCUGGAACAGAAUAAGCACAACAGCUUUCUGUGAUGGCAGCCUUGCCCCAGAGAGAAAAGGGCAGAGGGAGUGAUUUCAAGCUCCAUUUGGCCUGUGGGGUGUGUGGAGAACUGGGAGAGCUCCCGGGGCCGCGGUGUAGUUCAUUCUGCAUGCCCAUUCAGUUGUGUCCAUGUGAAACGGAUCCCGGGACGUGGGCAGGCCCUGCUGAGGGCAGCGUGUCCUGCCCCUGCUGGGGCUUCAGACAGCGCCACUGGCCACAGCUGCGGAAACAUUCCGGUGUUACAGUGACUGUAUUUUCACUUAUUGGCACAUUCCUGUCAUGGCCACAUUUCUGCUGUCCCCCAUGCUCUGUUUCCCCGCUGUCCACGCUGUAGAUCUGUGCCUACCAUGUGUUGGAAGAAAGGCCCUGAGAGGCAGCGAGUGCCUGACCUGCUGCUGGGCUGGAUCCAGGGCACGCUGAAACAGCUGGAGCCUUGCUGGGCCUUUAUUGCAGAUGAGGAAGAGCGAAGUGUCUGCAAUAUUAACAAGAAAACAUCAAUGCCAGGCUGUGCUUUGUGCUGUGAACCAGCCCUCGCUAGGCCCGGGCGCCAGGAGCCGCGGUCAGUGCUGUGGCACGAAGCCGGCGGGUUCCAGCGAGGAGCUCUCUCCUUCCUUCCCUCGGCCUCUCCCCUGUCAGGAGCAGCCUGUGCAUCUCCAGACACGCUGAAGCUCAGCAUCAGCCUCGCCUUGCUGACCCCGGGCAGCACCUCGUCUGCUGGGGGAGCCUUUCUCGCACCAUUGAACUCGACGGGCAAAAUUCCCUGCGGGAUCACGGGCUCGGCUGGGCAGGAGCGGCCCUGCCGCCGCCAGCCCCUCUCCUCGCUCGCCUUCCUCCAUCCCCAUCUCGGUGUCGUGCUGAAGCUCUCCUCGGAUGUAGCAUAUUUUUUUAUCCAUGGCAUGCGAUAUAAAUAGCAGUGAGCUGCAUGCGUGUUAGCAGUCAGCAGAGUUUGGGAAGCUGCAAUGUGCUGCCGGCGCUGGGAUUGCUUUGAUUUGGUCUGAGUGCUGCUGGCGGAGCCUGUCCCGCACCACUCCCCCCUCAAAGCCCUCCCGCCUUCAUCCAGCCCAGGCAUCCCUUGGGAAUCGUGCGGUGUGCCCGGCUCGCUGCCACCAGGCUCUGGCACGCCAUGGAGCUCGCUCUGAAACAUGCAGGGAAAUGCUGGAGCAAUCUUACCAAAGUCCUCGGGGAAAAGAAUUCCUGACAUAAGGACAUGACUGGAAAAUGCCUGGACAAGCCUACUGCUGUCAAACCCCAGAACUGCCCUGCCCGAGGGAUUUGCACUGUGUGUGUGUGUGAGCAUCACCUCCAGCUGCCAGCACCCCAGGAGAAAGGGGCUUUUUGAUGAUAUGGGAUUGCAUCUGCGUGGCUGGGAUUUGUGUCCAGCUGUGGGCAAGGCAGUGUGUUCCUCUGAGAAAAUUCUCCUGCGUGUUCCUCAGCUGGCACAGAAAUAGCAGCCGUGCUUGGUGAUUGCUCACUGACCGUGCACUGAGAUUUCCCUGCCCAGCACAGGCUUUGGAUUCCUGCUAAAAUACAAGGGCUGUACCUGUCCCUCGUACCUGGUGCACAAACAUGUUUUAAACCUUGAUAAAACAUCUCGUUGUCACGAGAGGACUGCCAGCAGCAAGAGCCACAGCUCAUCUCUGUGCAAGUAAAACUUAAAAAACCCCAGAGGGUCGUAAAGAAAAAAACAGUCUCUUUUUCUUCCUGUUAAUUUGAUUAUUAAGUAUCAGCUGUUGAUAAUUCAGUGUGUACAAUUUUAAUGGCUUUGUACUUCAUACUGGUCCUUCCAGGUAUUUUGCCACAGUUUUAAAAAAGGGACUUUUAAAGGACUUUUAGAUGUACCUUUGAAGCUGCCACAGCUCACCCCAGGCAGAGCCAUCCUGAUGCUGGGAGAGGCUUACAGGAUUGCACUGGGCACUGUGGCAGGCUGGUGCUGAGCAAAGGGCUGCAGCAUUGCUGUGGGAUCCCACUGGAGUCAGCUGCAGAGAAGGAUGUCCAAGCUUUAGUAAAUAAACACAAAAUUACCCCCCUGGGCCAGGCUGUCAUCCUCUGUCAGCCUGCUAAGCUGUUUUGGGAGGAUUUGGUGUUAUUUCAGUACUGCCUUUUAGGUGAAACACGUCUUCAAAAAAGGAGGAGAAUGGCAAAAAUGCCCAGUCCAGCCCUGCCCUGUCACUUGCUCCAUGUCAGGGGUUGGGUUUGCAUCCUCUCUUGUAUCUGGUUUUCCCUCUGUUAUAGCUGUACAUAGAACUGAUGAUUAUUUCAUUAAAGCUGAAUGUACCUGUUGUU